AUGAUGAAGAUGAAUACACGUGCGAUCGCAAUUCGUGCACCUACGGGAUUGGGCCUUGGGCCUCGACUACAACCCUUGCUACUACUCCAGAGGGGCUAUGCGACACAGACUGGUCUGGGAACAACGUCUGCGCCUGGGUCGAAACGGAAAACAGUCACUCCCUUCAACGAUAACGGAUCGGUCCCUUGGUCGCAACUUUCGACGGGAGAAAAAGCGGCUAGGGCGACGCAACAGAGCUUCAACUUCGGGUUGAUUCUGGCCGGUCUGGCAGUGACGAGCGGCGUGGUUUAUGUCUUAUGGUCUGAUGUAUUCUCCCCGGACAGCAAGGUCGCCCAUUACAACCGCGUUGUCGACAGGAUUAAGAGUGAUCCGAAAUGCAUUGAGAUGCUCGGAGACCCAAAGAAGAUUUCGGCGCAUGGGGAGGAGACAGGUAACAAGUGGCGGCGGGCUCGGCCAAUUGCCUCAACAAUCAACACCGAUUCGAGAGGACACGAGCAUCUGCUGAUGCACUUUCAUGUCGAAGGCCCCCUCAAUAAGGGCGUCGUUUACCUGCACAUGAUUAAAACGCCAAGCGCCGGCGAGUUUGAGUACAAAUACCUUUACGUCGAUGUAAGAGGGCAACAGAGAUACUACCUGGAGAACGCGGAUACUGCGACAGGCUCCGGGAAAAGGGGGGUCAGGUUUCUCGGUAUCAAUUGGGGCUGA